AUGAUUUUGAAGCUCAACCAUCAAGGACAGGAGACUGCUAUGACAAAGACUGAGAGCCAGCAGAUUGCAAAUUUAGCCCAGGUAUCAACAAACCACACCUCAGCAACAAGUCCCACUGUUACGCUGGCUCAACUUCCAAAUGAACAGAUGGUUCAGGACCACUGUAUCAUCCAGGGUCAACAGGUCCAGGCUUUACGAGUACUUGACACAUCUCAAAGUGAGGAAUCACAGGACUCAAUAGACAGUGUGAGGAAUAGAGAGACCAUGUCAUGGCGCCCUUCAUACAGGAGAAUUCUGAACGACCUUUUAUCCAAUGCGCCACCUGACCCUCGUGCCCAGGAGGAAAAGGAUCUAUCGACUCCUACACCUGUCCCCACGCCCAUGUACCACCCCAGCAGUGGCCAAUACAUUGAACUCACACAGGGUGGAGCCAUUCAACUAGCCAAUAGCGGUACAAACCAGGUCCAGAGUCUCCAAACUUUGACGAAGACCAACACAGCAGCUGCUGCCCAGCCUGGAGCCAUGAUCCUCCAAUAUGCACAGACAAGGAAUGGCCAGCAGAUACUUGUUCCGGCUAACCCGAUGGUUGUCCAAGCCACCCCCAGUGGGGCUCAGCCAUAUCAGCUUCGGACUGCCCCUGCUGGCUCCAUGGCCCAUGGGAUGAUUAUGGCCUCUACCCCUGCCCUUCUCACCCAGGGUGCCACAAAGGAGGUCACUCGCAAACAAGAAGUCCGACUGAUAAAGAACAGAGAGGCAGCCCGUGAAUGUCGCAGGAAGAAGAAGGAGUAUAUUCAAUAUCUGCAAACCCGAGUGACCACCCUGGAGCACCAAAACAAGAUAAUUGCCGAAGAAAUUCAAGCCAUUAAAGCCCUAAACAAGAAAAAACCUGAGUAGGACUAGAGUGGAGCCAAUGUUCAGC